GGCGUGCUUCGGGCCCGCCAAAUGGGAGGGGGAGACGCAAGAUGGCGGCAGCCGCGAACUCCGGCUCUAGCCUCCCGCUUUUCGACUGCCCGACCUGGGCAGGUAAACCCCCACCUGGUUUACAUCUGGACGUAGUCAAAGGAGACAAACUAAUUGAGAAACUGAUUAUUGAUGAGAAGAAGUAUUACUUAUUUGGGAGAAACCCUGACUUGUGUGACUUUACCAUUGAUCACCAGUCUUGCUCUCGGGUCCACGCUGCACUGGUUUACCACAAGCAUUUGAAGAGAGUUUUCCUGAUAGAUCUCAACAGUACACAUGGCACUUUCUUAGGUCACAUUCGGUUGGAACCUCACAAGCCUCAGCAAAUUCCCAUUGACUCCACGGUCUCAUUUGGUGCAUCCACAAGGGCGUACACUCUGCGUGAGAAGCCUCAGACACUGCCAUCAGCUGUGAAAGGAGAUGAGAAGAUGGGUGGAGAAGAUGAUGAACUCAAGGGCUUACUGGGGCUUCCAGAGGAGGAAACUGAGCUCGAUAACCUGACAGAGUUUAACACUGCCCACAACAAGCGGAUUUCUACCCUUACUAUAGAGGAGGGGAAUCUGGACAUUCAGAGACCAAAGAGGAAGCGGAAGAACUCACGGGUGACUUUCAGUGAGGAUGAUGAGAUCAUCAAUCCAGAGGAUGUGGAUCCCUCAGUUGGUCGCUUCCGGAACAUGGUGCAAACUGCAGUGGUCCCAGUCAAGAAGAAGCGGGUAGAAGGCCCUGGCUCCCUGGGCCUGGAGGAAUCAGGAAGCAGGCGCAUACAGAACUUUGCCUUCAGUGGAGGACUCUACGGGGGCCUGCCCCCCACGCACAGUGAAGCAGGCUCCCAGCCACAUGGCAUCCACGGGACAGCACUCAUUGGCGGCUUGCCCAUGCCAUACCCGAACCUCGCCCCUGACGUGGACUUGACUCCUGUCGUGCCAUCAGCAGUGAACAUGAACCCCACACCAAACCCUGCAGUCUUUAACCCUGAAGCCGUUAAUGAACCCAAGAAGAAGAAAUAUGCAAAAGAGGCUUGGCCGGGCAAGAAGCCCACACCUUCCUUACUGAUUUGAUAUUUUUGGUCAUGGAAAAGGGUGGGAGUGGGUGGGAGUGGGGUGGAAGGGUGACGAGGGAGCUGAUGUACUAGGGAGAAAAACUUUCCACGUGUGCAGUAUCGUCUUUCAGAGUGUCUCCUGGGGUCCUGACCAUGUAUAUUAGACUGGGGUGGGCUGAAAUACCCCACGAAGCUGUCUUCACAACACUGCUGGUGCAGAGAAAGGUUUGGUAGGUUGUUUUAAGUAGACCGCUCUGGCUCUUUCCCAGGCUUCCACUGCCUCCUGAUCCUUCCCCCUCUCUCCAGUAUCAUUUUUAUGUGAUGUCGCAUAGCCCAGGUAGAACCCAAAGCUGUGGAGGUGGCAGUAGCCUCUCCAGUUUUGGGGAUCCGGCAGCCUCAUUUACAUUUUACUACCAUUGCAAAUCCCAGGUAGCAAAAGGGUUGCCAUGGAUCCCACACUGAUAAAAAAGGGUUAGCAUUCUCAAGUUAAGCUAAGGUUUAAACUAAAAAAUGUUUUCUUGAGUCAGUGUUGGGUUUUUUUGAGGGGGUACUGGGGAUCGAACUCAGGUCCUUGCACUUGCCGGGCAGGUGCAGCCCCACUGGGCUACAUCCCCAGUCUGAGUCAGUGGUUUUGAGGUCCAAUAGUUAGGCUUUCUUUUGUCCUUUCUGUUGGAAGGAGGACAUUUUGAUUUGCCUUUGUCUAUGACCAGUGCAGGUGUAUAGUUUUUAACUUGCAGUAUACUGUUUAACUUUACCUAUUUUCUUGUCAAACCUCAGCCCUCCACUUACCUCAGUUUCUCAGUUCCAGAGUACUGUCCUCUACUCUGCGGCAUUACUUUGCUUUUUCAGUGUGUCAUGAAGGCAGUUUUUUUCAGGAUAUGACCAAUUAGGGAAAUUCAAAUUAAAAAGAAAAUGUUUUACUCUGUGAGCAGUUAAUGUCUCUUGGGGGACAUUUUUACCUGUUGGUGUGGAGGCUCUUCCCCCUCAGUUGAGAGCUCUGCUUCCUUGGAGCUCCCAGCGUAGACCUAGCUGACAAACAGG